AUGGCAGAGAGCGAAGCGGAGACCCCGAGCACCCCGGGCGAGUUCGAGAGCAAAUACUUUGAGCACCAUGGGGUCCGGCUGCCGCCGUUCUGCAGGGGGAAGAUGGAGGAGAUUGCCAAUUUCCCAGUGAGGGAUAGCGACGUCUGGAUCGUGACCUACCCCAAGUCAGGCACAGGCUUACUCCAGGAAGUGGUGUACUUGGUGAGCCAGGGGGCUGACCCGGAUGAAAUCGGCCUAAUGAACAUCGACGAACAGCUUCCUGUCUUGGAGUACCCUCAGCCAGGGCUGGACAUCAUCAAGGAGCUCACAUCCCCUCGACUCAUCAAGAGCCACCUCCCCUACCGCUUCCUGCCUUCAGACCUCCAUAACGGGGACUCCAAGGUAAUUUACAUGGCUCGCAACCCCAAAGACCUGGUGGUGUCUUACUACCAGUUCCACCGCUCUCUGAGAACCAUGAGCUACAGGGGAACAUUCCAAGAAUUCUGUCGAAGGUUCAUGAAUGACAAACUAGGAUACGGUUCGUGGUUUGAACAUGUCCAGGAAUUCUGGGACCAUCAUAUGGAUUCAAACGUGCUUUUCCUCAAGUAUGAAGACAUGCACCGGGACCUGGCGACGAUGGUGGAGCAGCUGGUGAGAUUCCUGGGUGUGUCUUAUGACAAGGCCCAGCUAGAGUCCAUGGUGGAGCACUGCCACCAGCUCAUUGACCAGUGCUGCAACGCGGAGGCCCUUCCUGUUGGGCGCGGAAGAGUUGGCCUAUGGAAGGACAUCUUCACUGUAUCCAUGAAUGAGAAGUUUGAUCUGGUAUACAAACAGAAGAUGGGAAAGUGUGAUCUCGUCUUUGACUUUUAUUUAUAA